GAAGAUUAUGGAAACGCCCAUUUUUUGGGCACUGAAAAAAGCCCGUUUCGUUUCCAGGAAUUUCUUGUUUGUGAGUGCUAUUUCUCUUCCGUAUACCGGCACGGGCUAAACACAUUAAAGCACUUUCACCAACAGCUUUCAGCAAUCAUUGGUUAUUGUGUUAUUGGUUAUACGGGAGCGCACGUAAAAGCGAAAGCGUUCAGAUCAGACACAUCACCGGGCAACUAUGAACGUGGGUGAGUUUAGAGCUAUGCUCUUAACAAUAUCCAAUGGACUCGAACAGGACAGUCUGGAAAGCUUGAAGUUUUUGUGCAAGUUGGACGUCGGGAAGAAAAAACUCGAGCAAAUAAAGAACGGGAUCGACCUGUUUGAGUGCCUGAUCGAAAGGGGUCAAAUCAAGCACGACGACACGGUGUAUCUGCGAUCACUUUUGGAAAGGGUCGGUAAGACGGUAUUGAUCGAACACAUUGACAAUUAUGAGAGCGGAUCGACAACCAUCGCUAAUCUGCUGGACGCGAAAGAGCAAGAGAAAAUAAAUAUCGCAACUGACGUCAUCGUGGAGCAGCUGGGACGACAUUGGAAGAAAUUCGGACGAAAAUUGGGACUAAAGGACACCAAACUGGACAGCAUUCAAGACAAACACAAGUGUGAACUAGAGGAGCAAGUUAGAGAGGUUGUCAAAGAGUGGAUGAAGAUCAAGAGAGAAACCGCAAGAGUGGAGAUGCUCAUUAGAGCUCUGCGUGACUGCAAACAGAACUACACUGCUGAUCUCGUGGAUAAUAAACUACAUAGUGAAGGAUAUUAGGACCGGCUCUUUUUCUUUCUUUCCGUGUAUUAUGAAAGGACAUAUCUGCAGGAACUGCUAAUAAUGUGAAUUUCCCUUUGAAGUUCAAAUGAGCCUUUGCAAAUUUUCCUGAAUCAGUUGUUAAUGGUGGUGCCUAAUGAAUAUUUGUUAAAGAAUUAAAUAUCGGUCUAUAUAUUUAAGAUUUGUCAUUGGGAUGCAGAUAACAAACAUAAUAUAUCUGUAAGAUAUGUCUCCUUUUCCCUUUUGAAUAGUUUCUAGACAAAAAAUUCUCAUAUUUUUGUGAUUUUUGUUUCAAGUCGCCUGUCGAGGGGUAAAAUGUGAUAAAUUACAAAUGAAAAAAGGGAUAUUUUUAGUACUUUUUAAUGUCUUUAAAGCAACACUAUGCUACCCUGAGCUUAAAAUAUUACCUCUGUCCAGUCCGUGUCAUGAGUUACAUGAGCAAUAAACAUCUCUGGUACCAUUCUGGACCAUUAUGGA